AUGUCUUCCGCCGGGGGGGAGACGAGGACGGCCGGCGGCGCCGGCAGCGGAGGCGGAUCGGCGUCGUAUUGGUGCUCCCGCUGCUGCAGGUUCGCCAGGGUGAUGACGCGUGGAGCUCUCGUCUGCCCGGAGUGCGAUCCGGGCUUCGUGGAGGGAGCCGAAACGCCACCCCAGAUCUCGUCCUCCUCCGGGGCCGGCGGAUUCGCCACAGACGUGCUCCACAGCACGUCCAGCCCCGGCGCUUCCCCCCGCCGCCGCCGUCAUCACGAUUUAGGGUUCCGCCGGGGAGGGCGGACUUCUACCGUCGAUCGCUCGCCCUUCAAUCCGGUCAUCGUCCUCCGCGGCCCCUCUGAAACUGGCAACGAUGGCGGCGUUGCAGAUGGCGCCGCCGGUGCCUUCGAGCUCUACUACGACGAAGGUGCAGGCACUGGGCUGAGGCCCCUUCCGGCCAGCGUAUCGGACUUCCUCAUGGGGGCGGGCUUCGACCGCUUGCUGGACCAGCUCACGCAGAUCGACACCAACGGGCUUGGAGGAAGAUGGUGCGAUCAACCGCCGGCGUCGAAGGCCGCCGUCGAGUCGAUGCCGACGAUCGAGAUCUCGGAAAGCUACGUUAAUCUGGAUUCCCACUGCGCCGUCUGCAAGGAACCCUUCGAGAUGGGGACGGAAGCCCGCGAGAUGCCCUGCAAGCAUAUAUACCACCAUGGAUGCAUCUUGCCAUGGCUAUCUCUGAGGAACUCCUGCCCUGUUUGUCGCCACGAAAUGCCCCCGGAUGUGCCGGUUGGAAGGGCUCCACAGGAGGCAGUGGACGGCGGCGAGGAGGAUGGCCUGGGGCUCACGAUAUGGAGGCUUCCCGGCGGCGGCUUCGCCGUCGGCAGGUUUUCCGGCGGGCGGAGGGCCGGAGAAAGGGAGCUUCCUCUGGUUUACACAGAGAUGGAUGGCGGAUUCAACGCGAGCGGCGGCGCCCCCAGGAGGAUAUCUUGGACCUCCAGAAGCAGUCGCACCAGGCAAAGCGGACGGGUGAGGCGUGCCUUGGGCAGAUUCUUCUCGUUCUUUGGGCGUCUGCGGUGGUCUUCCUCUGCAAGAACCAGCCAUGGUUGGACCUUUGAAGAGGUUCGAUAG